AUGGGGAACAUGGAUGGGAAAUCCGUGGAAGAACUGAGUGCCACCGAGUGCCACCAAUGGUACAAGAAGUUCAUGACGGAGUGUCCCUCGGGUCAGCUCACCCUGCAUGAGUUCAAGCAGUUUUUUGGUUUGAAAAAUCUGAGUCCAGCAUCAAACAAAUACAUUGAGCAAAUGUUUGAGACAUUUGACUUUAAUAAGGAUGGCUACAUUGAUUUUAUGGAAUACGUGGCAGCUCUGAGCCUGGUCUUGAAAGGAAAAGUGGAACAGAAGCUGAGAUGGUAUUUCAAGCUCUAUGAUGUGGAUGGGAAUGGCUGCAUCGACAGAGGAGAAUUAUUGAAUAUCAUCAAGGCUAUUCGAGCCAUUAACCGAUGUAACGAAAAAAUGACUGCUGAGGAAUUCACAGACAUGGUGUUUGAUAAAAUCGAUAUCAACGGAGAUGGCGAGCUCUCCUUGGAGGAGUUCAUGGAGGGAGUACAGAAGGACGAGAUGCUCCUUGAAAUCCUCACCCGGAGCUUGGACCUGACGCACAUUGUCCGGAUGAUCCAGAAUGAUGGGAAGGACCCGCAGGGCUCGGAGCAGACGGAAGGGGCGGCUGAAUAG